AUGGCGACUCCCGAGACGCGGGUCGUCUCCGUCCAGCGCCUCAAUGAGGGUCCCGGAUCCCGGUCUUUAGCUGAAUGGUGGGCUGAAGAGAGAAAGCUUCAAACUCCCGAGGCCAAGGCCAUUGAAGAAGCUGCCCAGAUCCUCCGUACCAGCGAUAUCCCCGUCGCCUUCCCCACCGAGACAGUCUACGGUCUCGGCGCAGAUGCCACACGAAGCGCCUCCGUGCAGGGCAUCUACCGCGCAAAGCAAAGACCCUCGGAUAACCCACUCAUCGUGCACGUCGACUCUAUCGAAAUGCUAAACCGCCUGCUCAACCCCUCCCCGCAAAUCCCCAGCAGCCCCAGCUCGACCAAAACCCCGCGCAUCUCCAUCCCAGAGAUCUACGAACCACUCCUCGACCGCUUCUGGCCGGGCCCUCUAACAAUUAUCCUCCCGAACCCAUCCGGAUCCGACCUCGCCCCAGAAGUAACCUCCAACCUGACAACCUUUGGCGUCCGCAUGCCCUCCUCCGCACUAGCCCGCCUCCUCAUCCACGCAACUGACCGUCCCCUCGCCGCCCCCUCAGCCAACGCAUCCACUAAGCCCUCCCCAACAACAGCCCAACACGUAUACCACGACCUGCACGGCCGCAUCGAACUCAUCCUAGACGGCGGCGCCUCGGGUGUCGGCGUAGAAAGUACCGUCGUCGACGGCCUCUGCCACCCACCCGCCAUCCUCCGGCCCGGCGGCAUCGGCAUCGAAGAACUACGCACCUGUCCCGGAUGGGAAAGCGUCACAGUCGCAUACAACGACGGCACACUAGACGUGAAAGAAAUCCCACGGGCCCCGGGCAUGAAAUACAGGCACUACUCGCCGAAGGCGCGAGUCGUCCUCUUCGAAGCAGACUCGCAUCUAAACGGCGUAGUGCGACACGUGCAAAAGGAUCUACAAGAUAGCGCGAUCGGCGCACACAACAUCGGCAUUAUCCGCACGCGCAAUUGGCCCCAGGGCCUUGGGCUCGCUGCAUCCGACGUGCUGGCGUCCACGAUGAGACCUGUUUCAUCGGCGAUUGAGAAUCUGCAUAGUUUCCCCGUCCCCGUGCAGGAGACGGGUAGUCCUAGUAGUCGGACGAAGAUUGCGUAUGAUUAUCAUCUCGGAUCUGAUACGGGGGCGAUUGCGCAUGGAUUGUUUGCGGCGCUGCGGGCGCUGGAUGAAUUGGAUGUGGAUGUUAUUUAUGUGGAGGGGAUAUCGGAUCGGGAUGGGGAUCUGGCGGCUGCGGUGAUGAAUCGGUUGAGGAAGGCUGCUGGGGCGGAGAUGAAGGUGUAA